AUGACUGAAAGUCAAGAAUCACUUUUGCUUAGUCAGGAAAUGACAUUUUCACAUAUAAAAUCAGCUUUAAUGAAAUUUAAUGCACUUUCCACGGAGGAAUGUAAUCAAGCUCAGGUGCAAACCAGAUUGUCUAUGUUAGAUGCUAAUUGGACCUGCGAGGAAACGUAUGUAAAUGCCAAGUCACUAAUGCUUACAUCUCUAGAAGAGUUUCGUAGUAUCACGUCUACUGAUAAUAGCAUCAUGAAUCAGUCCAUAAAUAAUUCCUCUCAUUUACGCUCCUUACCGAAAAUUACACUACCCAAGUUUUCUGGCAGUUAUCAUGAUUGGAGGCCAUUUCAUGAUUUGUUUACAUCUAUGAUUCAUUCAAAUAGUGACUUAACAGCCGUUGAAAAGUUUUAUUAUCUAAAAAGCAGCCUCAGUGGUGAAGCACUACAAUGUAUUUCAAAUCUACCAGUCUCAUCGGAGAAUUUUGCACCAGCUUGGAAAAUCCUGUGCACGCAAUAUGAAAAUACGCGGAUGUUAAUUAAUUCUCAUUUGGAUUGCAUUUUUGAGUUGCCACGUCUUCAAAGAAAGUCUUCUUCAGAAUUGAAGAACCUUUUGGCAACUGUCAAAGAAUCACUUGGUGCUCUAGAAGCCUUAGGUUCACCAAUAGCACAGUGGGAUCACAUCAUCGUCUACAUGGUCGUGCGACGUUUGGACGCAUCAUCACAUGAAGCAUGGGAAUUAUGUCGUAGUUCAUCCAAAAAGCCAGCAACAUUUUCUGAACUGGAAAUUUUUCUCAGUGGCCGCAUUCAAGCCCUAGAAAGUGUAGAGUCUAGGGGUGGUUUAACAAAAGUUCCCAAAAAAUCAGCAGCUCACACACAUGUAUCUACAUCUGCAUAUCAAAAACGUCCUGUUGAGGUUCCAAAUAAAUUACCUUUACAAACAAAUAAUUAUUCUUGUUCUCUUUGCAGCUCAAAUCAUUAUAUUUCGAGCUGUGAUAUCUAUAAUGGUAAGACUCUUCAGCAAAAACAUGAUGUCCUCUCCUCAAAAAAUCUUUGUUACAAUUGUCUUGGUCCUCAUCGGGUUGCUCAGUGUAAAAGUUCAAAAAGCUGCAGAUACUGCAAUGGUCGUCAUCAUUCCUCAAUACAUGGUUAUCGGUUUCAAUCUGAAUCAUCUAGUUCUGAAAAUCCCACAACGAGCACAAACAAUCCACUACCAACUGCUGUCAGUAAUCAUACCACUUCCGCAGCAUUGAACUGUACGUCCAAUAUUUUGCUUGCCACAGCUUUAGUACGCAUAAAAUCGUCUCAUGGAGUUUUUUCUAACGCUCGAGCUCUGCUCGAUCAAGGUUCUGAGGUAACACUUAUCAGUGAAGAAUUAGUUAAGAAACUUCAUCUAAAAAGACAUAAGGGAAACUUAAACUUAAUUGGCGUCGGUGCUCUUCAAUCUGGUGCGACCAAAGGUUUGGUACAUUUCACGCUGUAUCCACAUUUUGAAUCGAGCUUUCAAUGUACCGUAUCUGCAUACGUUUUGACAAAACUAACUACUCAAUUACCAUCGUGCACAGUUAAGCUUAACAAUACCACGUAUCUUAAGAAUAUCCAACUUGCAGAUCCAAAUUUUAUGGUCACUAGUAAAAUUGAUCUUAUAAUUGGCGCUGACUUAUAUGGUUAUCUUUUGGAAGGGGAAAUUAUCAAGGGAACUAUAAAUACUCCUGUUGCUCAACUCACAUCUCUCGGGUGGAUAUUAUCUGGCGGCGUCCAUAAUCUGGAAUCCAAUGCAAAAUCGUCUCAUUCAGUUCAAGUAUUCCAAUGUCGUGUAGAUCAUAACCUCGAUGAGUUGUUACAACGUUUUUGGACGCAAGAAGAAGGAAAAACCAAAUCAUCUAUUUUGUCUCCGGAAGAGAAAGAAUGUGAGGCCCACUUUCAAGCCACCUACCGGAGAGACUCAUCAGGCAGAUAUAUUGUCAGAUUGCCGUUCAAAAGUUCACCUAAUACUCUUGGCGAUUCUCGUAAAGAAGCAGAACGAAUGCUUGCAAAGUUGUAUCAGAAAUCAGAAUCUAAUCCUCAGUUUUUUAAACUCUACUCAGAUUUUCUUAAGGAAUAUGAAUCUUUGGGUCACAUGGUUCCAUCAUCUCAGGCUACAAUUCCUACAACAGAAUACUUUCUUCCACAUCAUGGAGUUCUUAGGGAGUCUAGUACAACAACUAAACUGAGAGUUGUAUUUAAUGGAUCAUGCAAGACAAGCAGCGGUCUCUCAUUAAACGAUAUUUUACACACUGGGCCCAAGCUUCAGUUAGAGAUUUCUGAUGUGAUCACAAGAUGGCGUCAAUAUCGGUAUGUUUUUUCAGCCGAUAUUGAGAAAAUGUUUAGACAAGUAAUGGUGGAUUCACGUGACUGGGCAUACCAACAAAUCCUUUGGACAUCAUCUCAAUCAUCAAGCGUGGUACCCUAUCAUCUCACUACAGUUACAUAUGGUCUUGGACCCGCGCCUUAUCUUUCAAAUCGAGUAUUAAAACAACUUGCAACAGAUGAAGGUUCUAUCUAUCCUUUAGCUGUCGAUAUUUUGAAUAAUAUCACUUAUGUAGAUGAUACAUUUGGUGGAGCAGAUUCUAUAGAAGAAGCUCAAAGUGCAGUAAUUCAACUGGAUAAACUCUGCAUGGCGGGCGGUUUUCAUUUGCAAAAAUGGACAGCUAAUAAUUCUAACGUUCUUUCUACCAUUUCACCAGAACGAUGUGCAAUCAAACAAGUGAUUCAACUUCAAGAAACCCAAUAUAUUUCUACACUGGGUAUCUGCUGGCAACCAGAAGAAGAUUGUUUUGUUUUUUCAUCGCCAUUUUCAUCCACAUCUUCCAGCACACCUACGAAACGUUCAAUACUGUCAAAUAUAUCACGCUUCUUUGACCCCCUUGGUUGGAUUUCUCCAGUAACAAUACAAGCAAAAAUAUUAAUGCAAGAUAUUUGGCUAUCGAAAUCAGACUGGGAUGAAGUGGUUAAUGAAGAUUUGGCGGCUAGAUGGUCAAAAUUCAUCAACGAUUUAAAUAACGUCAAUAAUAUUUCAAUCCCUCGAUGGGUUGGAAUUUCCCCAACAAAUCUUGGAAUUGAAAUACAUGGUUUCUCGGAUGCCUCCGAACAUGCAAUGGCAGCUGUCAUAUAUUUGCGUAUUAUUACCGAAUUCGACUCAGUUUCUGUUCAUCUCAUUGAAGCGAAAACAAAAGUUGCUCCAACAAAGAGGCAAACGAUCCCACGUUUAGAGCUCAAUGCUGCACUUAUUCUCACAAAAAGAGUAGCUCAUUUUAAGUCCAUUUUAAAUCUUAAUCAUGUUUCCACUCAUUUGUGGACAGAUUCUUCUGUUGCUUUAACUUGGAUUAAAGGUCAUCCCUCCCGUUGGAAAGAUUACGUUGCAAACCGUGUUUUAAAGAUUCAAGAUGUUUUACCCCAUGCUAAAUGGCAUCACAUUCCAGGAAAGUGGAUAACUGCUAUUUGCCGUCGAGUUUUCUCAAAAAAUUACAAUAAAUCUAUUAUCAAACAACCAUUGAGUCCAAAAGAGCUAGAGCAUGAGCGUAGGUUUUGGAUAAAAUUAACACAAAAUUCUUAUUUCUCAUCAGAAAUCAAGGCUCUUCAUGCAGGUCAGCAGUUGCAAAAUUCUCAUCCUCUAAGCAAGUUUACGCCAUUUAUUGACGCAUAUGGUCUACUCCGUGUUGGCGGGCGGUUACGCAAUGCUCUUAUUGAUCCAAAUGCUAAACACCCCAUUCUUUUGCCAUCCAAAUCAACGUUCACCAAUCUUUUGAUAGCAGAGGCGCACGAAAAGACUUUGCAUGGUGGUGUCCAGGUCAUGAGUGUUUAUCUGUGGCAAUCAUAUUGGAUACUUGGUGGUCGUUCAGCUAUUAAAGCAUUUAAUCAUCGAUGUGUACGUUGUGCAAAAAUUAGAGGAGUAACAGCUCGACAGCUCAUGGGCCAACUUCCAUCAAUUCGAACAAUUCCUGCUAGGCCGUUUCUUCACUCGGGUGUGGAUUAUGCCGGUCCAUUGUCUAUUAAGACAUGGCGUGGUCGCGGAGCAAAGCAAUACAAAGGCUAUAUCGCUCUUUUUGUGUGUCUAUCAACAUCUGCCGUACACCUUGAAGUCGCUUCGGACUAUUCAGUUGAUGGCUUUCUUGCGGCUUUUAAAAGAUUCGUCUCUCGAAGGGGAGUUUGCUCCACGCUAACUAGUGAUUGUGGUACCAACUUCAUAGGCGCCGAUGCAGAACUUAAGCGUCUCUUCACUCAGUGUUCAAAGGAGUACUCAAAAUUGUCAACAAUUUUGGCUAAUGACGGCACUCAGUGGAAGUUCAAUCCCCCAUCCGCGCCACAUUUUGGUGGAAAAUGGGAGGCCAGUGUCAAGUCUGUUAAAUUUCAUCUUCGAAGAAUUAUUGGUGACACUGCGUUAACCUAUGAAGAGCUAACUACCCUUUUAGCGCAGAUCGAGGCGGUCCUCAAUUCAAGACCUCUGUGCGCACUUUCAGAUGACCCCUCAGAUGUAAACGCAAUUACUCCUGCCCACUUCUUAAUUGGAUCAGCGCUGAAUGCAGUACCAGAGCCAUCUGUUCUUGAUUUUUCUGUUUCAAGAUUAUCUCGUUUACAACUCAUUCAACAAAUGAUUGAAAGCUUUUGGAAGCGUUGGUCCAAUGAGUAUUUACAGCGAUUUAGAUCAAUGUCCAAAUGGAAACAGCAAGAAAAUUCGAUCAAAAAGGGGUCAUUGGUUCUUAUUGCCGACGAAAGAUAUCCUCCUAUGAAAUGGCCUUUAGGUCGCAUCUUAGAAGUUCACCCAGGCCCUGAUGGACUUAUCAGAGUAGUAACUGUGAAGACUGCAUCGUCAACUCUAAAGCGUCCUUUGGUUAAAAUCUGUCCACUUCCAGUCGAUGAAGAAAGGGAUCUUAAAAAAGACUCCAACAUUUAAAAAAUGUUCUAAUAAAUUUAUAGUUUUAUUUAAUAUUAAUUUUUGAUUUAAUAUUUAAAACCUUAAAUUUUUAAUAUUUUAUUUCGUUCCCCAUGGUAACGAGGCGGGCGGAAUGUUCAAAAUAAUUUUUGUAGUCCAGUGUUAAAUUAAAUCUCUAAAUAUCAUAUUAUUCUUCGCUUGUUAAUUAUGUAUUUUGUAUAUCCUCUUUUUGUAUAAUCAGUCAGUCAGUUUAUUGCAGUCGUCUCAGUCAGUUAGUCUACGCAUCAUUAGUGCAUAAUAAAUUGUUAAUUGUACUUAGUCUAAAAAUCAA